AUGCCAGUUUUCAUGAUUUCACAAGAAUUGGCUACUCAAAUUGAUCUGACACUGUUUCCUGUUCCAGACAAUGGGUCACUCACUCCUUAUCUCCAUAUUAAUUCUCGAUGUAUCAUCCAAACAAAUCAAUGGUCUAUAGCGCAGCUUUGCAUUCAACUUGGUCAAGCCUACUUUGUGUCAGCCGUCAAACACCUUUCGUUUUGCAUUUGCGUCCGAUCGUCUUGUCUCAGUACUAAACCAAUGCGUGCUGACCUUGUCAAAAAAUUCGAGUCGCUACAGGCUCUGCGUAAGCAGACCAGUCAGCGCUCGACUAAGUUGCGGGAGCUUCACCUAAAGAAUGAGAUUCUCACCACGGCUUUAAGCGUUUUGCCCGAAGAAUUCGAUGGAGCCGAUCAUUUACGGUCUCUACGUGCCCAUGUCCAGGAAGAAGACCACAUGCUUCGACCCUGGAGACGAAAAAUGUCUACGUCAGACGGCAACAGAAAGGAAUCUAAGGUUGGCUGCUCCACUGCACCAAUUUGUCGUUCAGACCCUCCGGAUCAAGAUCCUAGUUAUAUCCACGCACUCAGUUUGCAAAGUGGUACCCUGGAGUGGCACCUGGAUCGGGCUAUUGAUUCGGGAGAAGUGGCUUUAGCGGAAAGGUUUAGCGAUCAGAUUUCUGAGAAACGAACACACGUCACACGAUCCGCAGACUACAUGAACUGGACCGCGGCGCCUCAGAGGUGCAAAAAGCGAAAGAAACCCUAUUGGACUUUCCAGCCCAAAGAACGAUGGGAAUUCAAGUCGAAUAUGUGA